UUGUGAUGGCAUAUAACCACCUGAUAUGUUAAUGGAGCGGCAGACCGCUGCGUGAUGGUGGCACCUGCAGCGUUCGUAGCACUGUCUUCAGUGUUUUUGAAAUGAUCGGUGUUUGAGCGACUCUCAUGCUCACAAGCAUUUUUGUGUUCCUCUCCUCUGCUUCUCCUGUCUUCUCCUGCUCUGAGAGGAGUUGAGAUUGGAGAGAGAGUGCCAUCGAGAGGCCUUCACGACCGAUCUACUUUCUUCUGCGUCUGCUGUUCCUCCGCUUUCUUCUUUCUUCUGCUUUGAUUCCUUCAGGUACCAUAAAGGUUGUGCCCUGGAGUUACAGGCACGUUCUGAGAGGAGUUAUAGAUCGGGGUGACAGAGAGAAGAGAGAGAGAAUGGGGAGAGAGUGGCAAUGGAGUACGACGGCUUCGCCUAAAGGAGACAGCAAGGAGAGUAACUCUGGUUGCAUGGGUGGAAUGCUUCACUACCUACACUUUCAUCAAUUGCUCUACUCCGGCAGCGGUAGAAAUCCACCAGGGUCGCCGCCGUCGCUGUCAUUGCUUCCUCGAAUCGAGCUUACGUCUCAACAAGCGACAGGGUUGGAGGCGCCCAGGAAUAGCUUGGAGCUGGAUGAGGGGAAAGCGUCGUCCUCGACCUCGGCCAUCGAAGACGAGCUUUACGAUGUUCCUGUCGGGAUAGAAAUAGCCUCAGCUUCACUGUCGAAGAGCAGCAAGAAGAUGAUGAUGUGGUUGGAGGAGGAGAAGAGGAGCUCACAGGCCGAGACUCCGAGGACUCCGGGCGUCGUCGCGCGCCUAAUGGGCUUGGAGACCUCCGCGGGGCAAUCCUCUUCUCCGUCACCGAGGACGCCGCCAGCGCAGUCUCGAGUGCGAAACAAGAAGAAGAAUGGCGGUGGCGAUCAGAGUACCAAGAGAGAGUCGCGGUCACCCCGGCUGCCUCUCGGGAGCUUAAACUGCAACGUUGCAGCGUCGACUCAAAUCAGAUCGGUCGACGCAGGCUCCCGCUCCUUGCCGGAGACACCGAGGGUUUCGUCAGCUUGGUCCUGCGACGUUGAUCCGAGGUUUUCUCUGCGACUCAACAAGGAAAACACCAAUAAGGGUGUGCAAGAGAUCGGCCACUUGCGCGACUUCGGCGGGCACCAGGACGAGAACAAGAGCCGGAGGAGGCACCACGGUACUCGUGAGUUCACCAAGCAAGUGAAGGAAGGUAUCAGCAUCAGACAAGGAGGUGGUGGUGGUAGCGGCCGUGGUCAUGUUCACAGCGGUGAAGAUGAAUCCAAGUCUAAGUCUAAAAGAACCAGGCCAGCUGGGAAGAAACUGUCCAUGGAGGAUCCACCAUCUCCUCGUUCUUCUCCUCAAACGAGAAAAUUGGAGAUCGCAAGUGGCACGAAGAAGCCAAUCAUGCCGCCUCCUAAACCUCUGCAGUCACAGGCAACAGACCGAUUACCCCCAUCAAAAACUUCCCGAGAUCACGGCGAAGCAAAGGCUCUGAAGAAGGUCCUUGAUAAGUGCAAGAAAGCCGAUAACGAGCGGUUCACCGAGAGGAUCAGGAAGCCAGCACAGUCACCUACGACCACCAGGCCGUCAUGUUCUCGCUUACUCCCAAUAAUAGCAUCACUGUUUCAGUCAGCUGACUCGCUGCCAGAGACGAACAUCCCUGAUAAGAGUAGAUGCAGCGCCUUACCAUCUCAACCAAUCUCACGCUCUUAUGCCUCUUCUUCUUCGUUUGCGCAGCAAUCGGACUGUCAAAAGAAUAGCCACGGCCGAGCACUGAGGUACAACGAUCCAAAGUUCAGAUACGUGAAGACCAUACUUGAGCGUGCAGGGCUAGACGGAGCUCACACGUGGAGAUGGUACUCACCGUCGCUUCCGAUCGACCCCAUCGUCUUCCAUCAGCUGGAGCCGGAGUUUCCUUUCUUCCUUGGGGAACGAAGCACCGUCACUUCCGAUAGCCUCCUCCACGGUCCAUUACGAUAUCGGUGGAACAGGAAGCUCCUGUUCCACCUGGUAGAGGAGAAGUUAGGAGAUCUCCUUCUCGGGUGUCGCGAGAUCUCAUCAUUCUUCUCCACCACCACCACCCGCCUCGUCAGGGACAACGGACAGCCAUUGCUGCGGCAACUCUGGGCGAAGAUCGAGAACCUCCCGGCUGACGCCGACUGCCGCGUGGUGGCCGACAUCGACGCUCUCGUCGCAGCGGACCUGCCGGAGGCCAUCGUGCGCCGCCUGCUGCGCCAUCCCGCGGUGGCGAACGAGGCAAGCGACGUGGUGGUGGGAGUGGAGCAGGGUAUCCUCGACGGCCUCCUCGCCGAGACCGCAGCAUCUCUGGCCCUGUCCUCCGCCGCCUUCCAAAGCUGAGCUGGUGGUGCUAACCACCGGAAUUUGUGACAGUACUAUUCCCCACGGAAACAGCGGGGGCUCACUGCGUCAGUCGUAGCAGUGGCGAUGACUGUGUUGUGGACGGCGUGGGAAAGCAUGAAUGCAUGUAGCACGUCUGGCUUUGCUGUGUGAGAAGCUGGCAAAAGCUUUAUUCCCUCUUUGUGAGAAGCAAGCAUAAUAAGCUUUGGCAGAGUUAGGCGCUAUCUCCUACUUUGUAUGUGGCCUGUUGCGUGGAGACGUAAGCUGUUGUCAGGAAUAUUUGGCAAAGUGAUAAGGGAGAGGGAUGGCGCGGGGCCCAGUGGCCUGACCAAUGUCAACGUUCAUCCACUGGAAAAAUGUACUACUACGUGUUAUUUA